AAAAACUAUUUCAGUAAUACGUCAUCGGCGCACUAGGAAGGUUGCUUAACACUCCGUAUCCGAAACUAGAAAAAUGUUGUCCUCAGUGUGUUGCAUGAGCCUUAAAACUUACGGAGUGGUUAUCAGUUAUUUAAGCCUUAUUUUAUCCGCUUUAGCCACGCUAAUUUUAUCGUCUUUCAUAAAAAAAAAUAUUUUAAUCUUCCAUGAAGUGCUUUCUGAUGUUCCAUUUCGCGAAUUUAUAAUGUUUAUUCUCGAGUGCAUUUGCUACUUUUUAGUAGUGGUUAAUAUUGUGUCAUCCAUAACCAUGUGUGUGGGAAUUGCGAAGAAAAAACAUCUGCUCAUGCUGCCGUGGCUGAUGAACUUCGGGUUGCUCCUAUUGGUCUUGAAUGUCUACUUCGUUAUAUUGGGGAUUAACUAUAUUUUAUAUCCGCACCCGCUUAGCUUCAUCCUGAAAUUCUUUAUAAUCGUCGCAGGCAUUCUUGCGCUCGGAUGGUUUUUGUUGUACGGAAUCUAUUCGCUGUUCAAGAACAUCCAGACAUACAGGGAGACACCAGUGACUGCAGAAUUUCAAACAACAUUUGGAACAACAUUAUGUCACUAAAGCGACGGAAGUCAAAUUGAAUCUGUCUGGAAUUGCCACAAGUCGAUUUAUCCUCAUAAAAAAUUUAUGUAUACUUAUCAAUUUCUGUACAACUCAAAAUUCCCAUUUUUAGUUUGCUUCGCUGGGCAUUCAAAUAUAUUUUCUACACACACA